UAUUUCUAUGCUCUUGGUACGCCCUGUUCAUUUCGACGGGUACUCCCCUCGCAUCAUCCGAUCCGACGCCACUGCCUUGGUUAGCUUCUGCUGCCAUUAAUUGUCUCCAGGGCUGCUUAACUCCUAUUUAGCCCGUUGUUUUUGGUUUUGUUUUGCUUUGAAGGGACUAUUUUAUUGUCUGGGAUUUUAUUCAAGACCUGGAUAUAAUACGAAGUGUUUUUGUUCGUUUUGGAUCGAGGUGUGUGUGUGUGUGUGUGCAGCUCGCCUGUCUUCUUGGUUGGCUUGGGAAAAGCCACUGCGUAUCAAAUAGCAGGUGGUAAAGAUGCUGCAGUGAGUUCGGAGCUGACUCUUAACUGAAGCCUCAGCAUGUCUAUACUGCUGAUGGUGGGUGUGGUGAUGUGGGGGGCCCAAGGGGGGGUCCAUGGGGCCAUGUGUCCCGGAGGGGUCCUUGGUAACUGCCCCACCCAGCAGAGCAACACCUCCGGUGGGGGUGAGACCUCCAGGGACUACUGCUACACCGCCCGUAUCCGAUCCACCGUGCUCCAGGGCCUGCCCUUCGGAGGGGUGCCCACCGUCCUCGCACUCGACUUCAUGUGCUUCCUGGUACUCCUGUUUGUGUUCUCCAUCUUGAGGAAGGUAGCGUGGGACUACGGCCGCUUGGCGCUGGUCACUGAUGCAGACAGUGUGGCGUCUGCCAUAACGUCAGAGCUUCCCGAUCGCUACGAACGCCUGACCUCUGUCUCCAGCUCAGUGGACUUUGAGCAGAGAGACAACGGCUUCUGCUCCUGGUUAACAGCCAUCUUCCGCAUAAAGGAUGAGGAGAUCAGGGAGAAGUGUGGGGAGGAUGCUGUGCACUACCUCUCCUUCCAGAGGCACAUCAUUGGUCUGCUGGUGGUGGUGGGCGUGCUCUCAGUGGCCAUCGUGCUGCCCGUCAACUUCUCAGGAAAUCUAUUGGAGAAUGAUGCCUACAGUUUUGGACGCACCACUUUAGCCAAUCUGGAUGCCAAUAACAUGCUCCUGUGGCUCCACACCACCUUUGCGUUCCUCUACCUGUUGCUGACCGUGUACAGCAUGAGACGACACACCUCCAAGAUGCACUACAGAGAGGACGAUCUGGUGAAACGCACUUUAUUUGUCAACGGGAUCUCCAAGUAUGCAGAGGAGAAGCACAUCAAGCAACACUUUGAACAGGCCUAUGAAAACUGCUGUGUUCUCGAGGCUCGUAUCUGCUACGACGUGGCCAAGCUGAUGUCGCUCAACUCAGAAAGGAAGAAGACCGCGCGUAGCAAGAAGUUCUUUACAGACCUGCAGUCCAAGGAGCACAUCCCCACCAUGAUCAACCCCAAACCCUGUGGUCAUCUCUGCUGUUGUAUCAUCAAGGGCUGUGAGCAGGAGGAGGCAGUGAGUUACUACACCAAGCUGGAGUCCAAGCUGAAGGAGGAGUACAGGAAGGAGAAAGAGAAGGUCAACAGUAAACCGCUGGGAAUGGUUGUUACCUUCCAGAACGAAGCCAUGACUGCCAUUAUCCUGAAGGACUACAAUGCGUGUAAGUGUCAGGGCUGCCACUGUCGGAGGGAACCCAGGUCUUCGUCCUUCAGCCAGCACCUUCACACAUAUUCCUGGACGGUCGGCUACGCACCAGACCCACAGAACGUCUACUGGGAGCAUCUGUCAGUCGGAGGGUUCCCCUGGUGGCUGAGAUGCUUCAUCAUCAACUGUAUCCUCUUCCUCCUCCUCUUCUUCCUCACAACCCCCGCCAUCAUCAUCUCCACCAUGGACAAGUUCAACGUCACCAAGCCUGUCGAGUACCUCAACAACCCCAUCGUGACUCAGUUCUUCCCCACCCUGCUGCUGUGGGCCUUCUCCGCCCUGCUACCCACCAUCGUGUACUAUUCUGCCUUCUUCGAGGCCCACUGGACACGGUCUGGAGAGAACAGGACCACAAUGCAUAAAUGUUACACCUUCCUCAUCUUCAUGGUCUUACUGCUGCCCUCUCUAGGACUCAGCAGUCUGGACGUUUUCUUCCGAUGGCUGUUUGACAAGCGCUUCCUGGCUGACGCUGCCGUGAGGUUUGAGUGUGUGUUCCUGCCUGACAACGGGGCGUUCUUUGUGAACUAUGUCAUCGCGUCGGCGUUCAUCGGUAACGCCAUGGAUCUGCUGAGGAUCCCUGGUCUGCUCAUGUAUAUGACCCGGCUGUGUCUGGCUCGCUCUGCUGCCGAGAGACGCAACGUCAAGAGGCACCAGGCGUAUGAGUUCCAGUUCGCGGCCUAUGCCUGGAUGAUGUGCGUCUUCACUGUGGUCAUGACAUACAGCAUCACCUGUCCAAUCAUCGUCCCCUUCGGUCUGAUGUACAUGCUGUUGAAGCACCUGGCAGAUCGCUACAACAUGUACUAUGCCUACCUUCCCUCCAAGCUGGACAAGAAGAUCCACUCUGGGGCCGUCAACCAGGUGGUGGCAGCACCUAUCCUCUGUCUCUUCUGGCUCCUGUUCUUCUCCACUCUCCGCACAGGUUUCUCAGCCCCUACCUCUAUGUUUACCUUCAGCGUCCUGAUCAUCACCAUCAUCGUCUGCUUGUCCCAUGUCUGCUUUGGACACUUCAAAUAUCUCAGCGCUCACAACUACAAGAUUGACGUGGAGAAUGUGGAUGGGGUGGAGAACGGUCAUCCAGCACGAACCUCCCCCUCCAAUAAG